AUGCUGAAUGCGAUCUCGACGUUUAAGAAGAACAACGAGGAGUGGGAACGUGUGCAAGUGAUCAUGGUAGAUAAGGAUUUAACUGAAAUCAAGGUCCUCGAAGACGAAUUUCCCCGAGCUCGUGUACUAAUCUGCCACUUCCAUGUCCUCAAAUACUUUCGGACCGUUACAGCGAAUGCGAAAUACGGCCUCAAUCAACAAAGACAGAGUGAAGUCUUAUUAGCCGUUCAAGACAUGGUAUACGCCAAGGAUGAUUAUACAUCUUACGACAGUGAAAUGUUGAACGUGCUACGCAUUGCGUCCCAGCAUGCCGCAGAACUUAUUCAAGAGCAAUAUCUACACGCACUAAAGACGCUGCCAAACCAGAGCGUCAUCCCGCUAAACAGUAUUCAUAAGCGGUGGUUAUUACGGUCUGAUAUAUCGAUAUCCAUUGACGUUCCUCAAGCUCGACUCCCCUUUGUCACGCGGAUUAACACCAGGCAAAAGGCUCUUACUGAACAAGAAACGUUUAGUAGACUGUCCGUAUUGCAAGCGCGACUUACGGAAGCUGUGGUGGCGCAUGGCACCAGCCAUUUCGAAAGUAUUUUUCGCACAUUGGAGCAGUUUGUCGACCUGGUUGUAGAUGGACAUAUACCGCAGUUAGCGACGCCACCUGAAAAGGGCCUCCCCCAAGGUGCGAUGAAUUCGGGCGCAUCUACCCCCACGAAACGCGGUGCAAUUGUCACAGGGCCCCAACUGCAACAUUCAGGUAUAAGGCGGACCAGGUCGGACUUAUUGAAGCCAAAUAGAGUUGGUGUGUCGAGCAAGAAAUAUUUAAAUCUUACUCCGAGUACGUUCAGUGCCGCUGACUCACAUUUACCAAAAAGGUUCACGUGUCGGGGCGAGUCCGUUCGACGAAGGCAACCCGUGCGUGGUACCCGAAAAGAUCGAAAAAAACAAAAAGCCAAGUCGGAUCGCAAAAGUAGCGCCGCUGAAUUUGAAGACAGCGAAGAUGAUGACAGUGAUAACCUCGUGGAUGACAAUGCACAGUUGAGCACUGCUUCGCAUCAAGAGGCAGGCGGGUUGAGGCAGCACCGCGAUCAUGCAGAAGAGAUUACUUCGCUUGCCAGCAUUAUUGACAUUCCUACGACUACUUCAGUAUUGAUCUCUCUCUACCAAAAAUGUUUUCGUUUGAAAUGUUCAAUACACGCCUACGAUAACAUUAUUAUGUUGGAGGCGGCGAUGAUUGAGAAACGCGAUGCAAGCCGCGUCAACGGGGAAAUUGUUCAUGACGUAGAUGUGGAUGGAGAAGGCAUUGAUAAUAUUUGUGUGGAGGCUGGGAAUGCUGGAUAUUGCUUCCACUCUUCCGCUAUUACAGCAAUGCAAAUGUUCCACCAGCGUCUUCAAUAUCUAGCAGCAGCUUCCUCAUGCUUGAAUUGGUUUCAAAGUCAUGCUGACGAGAUUCAGAUUAAUCAAGAAGUCGUGCAAAAAAUUGUGGAUGUACUUCGAACAACGUCCGUGUUCAGCCGCCUAGCGCUUGGCAAUCAUGAUGCGUUUUUCUAUGAUCUGUUUGCCUUUAUGGACGGAAACUGGAUGAACGACUUGUGCAUCAAGAUGGCGCUCCAUGUUUCUCUUGGAUACCGCAAAGACACUUGUUUUAUCGACACAUCCUUCUUCAGUUAUACGAAACCAGAGCACGCGUUGUUGCAUGAUGCAUUUGCUACAUCUUUCCUAGGUGUAUCCCGGAUUUGGUUCUUCCAAUUUGUUUCGAUAACUUCCACUGGUGCAUGGUACUGGUCGACCGACGAGUAG